AUGCACUAUGUCGAUCGCUUCAUGGCGCGCCUCCAGCUUCGCAACCAGUAUGGCUACCCCGUGGAUGAGCGCGGCGCGCGCCGCCGCUUUGAGGUGCUGAUGGAGCGCCGCCACGACCUGUCCACACUGGGGACGUGCCGCAUUGUGCAGCAUUACGCCGACUACCGGGUGGCGAGCGGAUGGGAAAGCCCAAGCGACCUGGUCGAUUACAGGACCUCGGGCGACAUCACACGCAUGCCCGUCUCUCUGCAGCACUUUGCGGCGGUCCAACUCCAGCGGAAGUGGGGCUUUGUAAAGGAGCGGGCGCAGUGCCGGCAGGUCUACCGAGCCUUGCUGUUGGUACAUCACCCGGAUCGCGGUGGGUCUACCGAGCUGGCGGCGCAGCUGAACAAAGACUUCGAGCUGUUUGCCUUCUGCCAGGGGUGGGACAGUGACUGCGCGUCGCUCCUGCGCAGUGCGGAAGGCAGACCCGGGACCGCGGCGCACGCCGAUGGCGCCUCGCGGCGUCGUCGUGGCAACGUCAUCGUGAGCUACCUCCGCUCACUCUUCCGGCCAGCAACGAAUUCGCGCGUUGGCGCCAACGACCUGCAUCAGUUUGGCCUGCUGGCCUUGGAGGCUGGAACUCCGGCUGAGAUGCACCGCCGCGACGUCACUGCCGCGCCUUCCUCAUUGUCCGCCGCCGGCGCGGCAGGUGACGGCGGCGAUGAGGCGGCACCAGAGAAGUCUGGGAGUCUUGGCGACAUUGACAGCGUCAGUGACGAGGACGACUACGAGGACACCGAGGCGGUGGCGGCGGGGCGCCAGCGCAGCGUCACGCGUGUGCUGCGUGCCCUGCAUGAGGUCUACAAGGCUACCGCGGAAGUGAUCACGUUUUCUGGACUGAUCCGGGUCUCUGACGAUCCCAGACGGUGGGCCCAGCUGCGCCAGGAUGUGGGCCUCUUUCAGCGGCUCCAGUACUUCAUCUCACUGCGCGCGCAAGCACUGGCGGCGACCCCUCAGGAGAGCACGGGGCACGCAGCAGCGAAUCACCAUCGCGAGAAGGUGCAGCCGUUGGGCGCAGCAAAGCAGUACACCUUUCGCGACUUCCGCUGGUCAACCGUGCAGGAGGCAGUGGCGAAGCGGGAGGAGGUCCGUGGCGCCAUCGUCGCCGCCGUCUUCACGCGGGAAACCAGUCAACAGCUCACCUCCCUGCUGGAGCUUUGGCGCACCGCCAAGGCAAUGGCGGAGAGCUACUUCCGCGCCUGCCAGCAACGCGAAGCGGACGGGCGCCCAGCCACAAGCCGCAACGAGGACGAGGGUCGUCAGACGCUAGACGCACUCCUGCGCAUUCACACGCAGAUCGAGGCGGCCGGCACGGCAGCGCGGGCACCGUGGCAGGGGCGCAUGGAAGAGUGGGCCACGCGGACGGUGCCGGGUUUUUCAUCCUUCGGAGAGGACGUGAAGGAGGUCGGCCUGACGGCGAGCAACGCCCUUGCGGCCGACUACGCGGCCCACGCCUUCGCGACUGCGCGGCAGCAGUGCAGCGAGUACUUCAAGGCGUGGGGUCGAAAGCAGGAAACACUGCGAAUUCUUCUGGCGGAGCUGAAGCUGGAGUACGCCGCACUGCGGGGUGAUGUGCAGAGGUGCGGCGGCGACGCCCCGCCUUCAACGGCGCCUGGCCUCGCCUGCGGCCCCGAAGCCGCAAAGCGGAUCGACGACUAUCAAACCCAACUGCUCCUGCUUCACAAGCAAAUGGCAGAGGUGGACGUGGGCGUGGCAGAGUGGGCCAACACCUGUGCCGCCCACUUCCCGGAGCUCACGGCGACGCUGCGUCAGCUGCCGUCCACGUGCGUUGAAAGCGUCGUCGGAGUGCGAAAGGAGAGCCACGUUUAUGGGUACAGUCUGAACGAGGAGGCCCCGACACGGCACGACUGGACGCCUCGUUUUGUCGCUUUCGAGCGUGAGCGCACCCUCCUCCACUACACGUGCGUCGAGGUCGAACCAGUGAACCCGCUUGACUCGCUCACAUCUCGCCUCCCCUCGCACGACUCGUCCGACAGCGCUGGGUGGGGGAAACCGGCGAUGGGCGGGCAGGAGGGCGACGUCAUUGGCGCCCUCCUGCGCAGUUUCGAGGCGAACGAGGUCAUCGAGGACACGGUGGUGAGCCCACAGGGGGUUGGGAUGACGCUCCUCCAGGCACUGUACAAUGACCCACUCACUGGGGAGAUCACGCCGUGCUGGCUGAAACGCUACUCCUUUGCUGGUGCACAGAGCAAGGAAGGCGUGAGGAGUGUCCGUGCACUCGCACAGCGCAUUUUGGCUGAGGAGGUGGCUGUCCCAGGCAUGUGCAGCAGCGACCGGGUGGUGUCAGCCCGCGACGUCUUCUACAACCGCGAGCGUCAAGAGAUGUUUGUGCACUACGUGCGUGGCGCCACCCAGCAGCGCUUUCGUUCCGUCAACGACGUGCGACGCCAGGUAGAGCCGCUCGGCCUGCGCUGGCUGCACGACGUUCUGGAGUGCGUGGUGUGCCUGCACGCCUGCCAGCUCGUACACGGACACAUCCGUCUCGGCGCCUUUACCUACGAUGAUUUUGGCAACACAGCCCUCGGUGUCUUCUACCCCACCUGGGUAGGUUUCAACUCCGUCAACCCCGCGACAGCCGAGGAGCCCAGUGUUGUCACCACGCCGGCGCCAAGCCUCGCCGACCGCCAGCACUGCGACGUCAUGGGCGUUGGCAUCAUGUUGCUUACGGAGCUGCUGCCUCUCUUUAACGCGGCGCGUAGCAGCUCCGCCACGCCGGCUCUGCCGCCCACCUCGAGACAGUCCCCACCUCUUCCCGGCGGCGGCAGGACGGAGGGGGACGCCGCCUCGGAUGACAUGGUCCGUGUCAUGGAAGCCGUUGCGGCUCACCUCGUAGGGGAAGAGGAGCCGCGCUGGUCACUGCUGGACGCACGACAGUUUGUGCGCCGCUUCCUGGAGUUCCGCUCCGGCGACUUCGACAUCUUCUCGAACCAGGUGGCGUACCCCGCCUCCUGGGCGAUCCACGGCGCCGCACCACCGGUGCAGCUUGUCGCUGUGGACGCGACGCCGUUCCACUUUCCAGCCAUCCUGACGGCGUCAGCCGCCGCAGUGCGAGUCUACCACAACCGCCAUGUCUCACUAUGGGAAACGUACUGGCAGUGCCGGCGCAAGAUGGCCUCGUUGCGCCGCGGCAGCUACAUGCUGCCGUCCAUGGUGGCGCAUGCCCCUCCAAUUCUCUUGUGCAGCGAUGACUUUGAGGUGCAUGAGCGCUACCUGUGGUGCGCGUGCGCGGAGGAGGAGGUGGCAUGGGAGCACUGCCAAGACGGCUUCCGCUCCUUGCGACGAGGCGCGGCGCAGCUUACACCCAGCAACGAUAUGCUGCCCUUCUUGCUCGGCGCUCCGCCAACACGUUGUGACGGUUGUGCUGACCUGUGGGGCGUCAUCUGCCGCGCGGCACUCGGCACGACUCUUGAAGAGACCGAGGAGGAGUUCGCCGCUGCGGAAAGCGAGGCGGACAUGACCACGGCGCAGUACAAUAAGUUAUCGUAUGCCGCCCAGCGCCGCAGCCAUCUCGUCACGCGGCGCCUGGCGGGUACGGGGCGGCAAGCCCAGCAACCGCCUGCGAUCUGGGUGCCGUGCCCGUGGGCCCGCUGCUAUCCCGAAUACGUUGUACACGUUUCGUGGCCAUGA